AUGGCUAUGGCUGCCUCUGUCCAGGUCAACUUUUACUCCGACACUGGAUGCCAGAACUUCAUCGGGUCUCGCUUCAUUGACUUUGACCCAAACCAGGGCGGCACAUUCCAUAGCGGUGGUCCCUCAGGCUCCCGUGGUGGUCUGUUUGUCAACUCCAACGGAGAUAACCUCGCUUGUGUGUUUCUCACCUUCGAUCCCUAUUUGUCCUCUAUGCUGACUCUGAAACCUGCAGUCCGUGGGUUUAGCAACCACGCUGAUGGUAGCAGCCCUUUCACUGGCAACGUCGUUGAUGGUGAAUGCAUUGGUACCCUCAAUGGUGUUGUUGCCGUCUUCAUCGUCUGA